CCUGGAUGUUUGGUCCCUUGGAGUUUUAUUAUAUGAAAUCCUCACGGGGCAGCUCCCGUUUAAUGGGGCUAAAAUAGAGAUGGUCCGAACUAUGCUAUCUGGGAGGUACUCUUGUCCCCAGUCCAUCUCCCGGGAUGCACAAGAUCUCAUCCGGAACCUCCUGCACUCCAACCCCAGGAUGCGGCCCACAGUGCAGGAGGUGCUGCAGCACGAGUGGCUCCAAGGUGUCCCACCCCUCAGUCCUCCUGAGCUCCCUAUCCCUGUAAAAACUCAUAUCCUCCACCUGAUGGACAGGAUGGGAUUUGACCCGCCGAAGGUCCUUCACUCAGUGAAUAGAAAGGCGUACAACAACGAGAUGGCCACAUUCCUGCUGUUGCAGAGGCUGGCACUCCAGGGGGUGCCCUUAAGGAUAUGCGUGAGGCCUGUGUGGGCACCUGAGAAUGAGGAUGCCCCUGAACAGGAAAUAGCAUCAACCUCAACAGCUCCUGCACCCUCAUCUCACAUCCCCCGGAGGAGUGCCAGCGCACUUGUCACCUGCAUGGGCCUCUUAUUUCCUGGGGUGAAGCCCACAGGAAGGCAGGGUGGUGGAGGCUCCCAGCCACCCAUUCCCAUCCCCAGGACCCCAACUCCCGGCAUGUCCUGCCAGCCUAGCCCUGCCGCUCCCAGGGUGUUCUGCCAGCCUGGCCCUGGGGCUUCCUGCUCUACCUCCAGCCCCACCUCCACCCCUAGCAGCAGAGGGAGGCAAUGCUGGAAGGCUCUGAAGAGGAGCAGCAGAGACUACCUGACAGCCCUGUGCUGCGGCUGCCUGCCACCCUCAGGGCGCCACCAAAACAAGGUGGCCCCAAUUACAGAUCCUUGAGAAGUGACUCCGUAGAUGUGGCGAUCCUGCUCAUGGGGUAUAAGACCGAGGGCCUUACCAACACUCCAAGGAGCUGAGUGCAGUGAAGAACACCUGGGAAGGAACACACUGGACAAGUUGAAAAAUAAAACAG